AUGGCCGAUGUUGCGUCAAGACCAAGCAUCAAGCGUCAGUUUCUUCGAUGGCUUCUGCACUCUCUUUGGUGUGUGAAAAAUUGUUUACCCCCAAGAGUAUGUAACGAACCAAGGUGCAUUCAACUCCGCCCGAUUGUUCGACACAUAAUAGAGUGUGAUAAUGAAAACUGUAUUGAAGACCACUGUAAAAUCGCAAAAGAAACGAAAGGUCAUUGGGAUGGUUGUAAAAGAUUUGAUUGUGAAAUAUGUUGUGAAAUGUAUGUCGCCCUUAAAGGGCGCUUAUUGCCAGAUAAAUCAAUGAAUCCAAAUCCGAAUAUAUACAUGACAAUAACGACGACUGGUAGAACGAAAAUGAUAAAGAAAAUGUAA